AAUGCAAUUCUCUCCUACAAGCUCAACAUCCUUCCACUAUCACCAUCUCCAGCUCCUCUUGGAUCGGCCACCUUGACUGGUGUCGCAAAUCCACGCAUUCACUAUGCUUGCGUCAUGACCUACGCGAACUGCCUUCGACUGGCCAGUCGGUCUGUACGAACACACAUACAUAAUGCCCGGCUCCCCUUAACAGUAGGGGCCCGGCCCUUUGGGAACACCCUCCGCAACUACUCGGACGAGCCCGACUCCAGUCUUGGCUCUUCUCACUCGGAGCGCGUCUCUGCGUUCAAAAAGCAGCGCAUUGCGGAUCUACGCAAAGCGCAGCACGAUGAGAACCCCGAGGGCACCGGUCUGUUUGACACCCCUUGGCCGCGUCUCCUAUCCUGCGACGACAAGCCUCGACUCACUCCUGCCGAGUUCCAGGAGCGCUUCGAUAGCCUCGGUGACGAGGAGGAGGUCACCAUUAUGGGUCGCGUGCGUCGCAAGCGCGUCUCUGGGUCCAAGUUGAUGUUUAUCGAUAUUGUCAACGAGUACCAAAAGGUCCAGAUCAUGGUCAACGCCGGCGUCAUGACUGAAAAGAUUCUCUCAAAGCAGCGCUUCAAGCUGUUCCGCAAUCUGGUCCAAGUGGGCGAUCACAUCGCGGUGACCGGCCGCAAGAGUGUGACCCACUCGGGAGAAAUGACGCUCAAGGCUGUCGAUCUGCCCGAGCUCCUGUCCCCGGCCAUGGAGCAGAUCCCUGAGCAACUCUCGGAUGCCAAGACGAGGAUGCAGGAGCGCCAUGUCGACAUGCUCGUCAACCAAGAGUCCACAGACAUACUCCGUCUGCGGGCUGAGAUCACCCGCGGCAUGCGCGAGCAUUUCUGGUCCAAACGCUUCUUGGAGGCGCAGACGCCGAUCCUCUCGGAGAAUGCUGGCGGCGCCACGGCGCGGCCCUUUGUGACGCACGCGACCGAGUUCAAGAACCGGGACCUCGCGAUGCGCAUCGCACCGGAGCUGUGGCUCAAGCGUCUCGUCGUCGGCGGCAUCGACAGGGUCUUUGAGAUUGGCCCAGCGUUCCGCAAUGAAGGCAUUGACGCCACGCACAACCCCGAAUUCACCAUGUGCGAGUUCUACAGCGCAUACACCAACUUGGCCGACCUGAUCAAGGAGACCGAGGAGCUCAUCUACAACCUGGCUGCCAAGUCGAGCGAGCUCAUCAAGACGCAACUCACGUCCCUCCCUCCCGUCGAUCUGGAGGCCUAUAAGCGUCCUUUCCGCCAGGUCGAGUUUGUGCCGGCGCUCGAAGAGGCGCUUGGUCUGCGGUUGCCCAAGCUGAGCUCGGAAAACGCUCUGCCUGAGCUGCUCGCCGUCCUCAAGCUACGCAACAUCAAUCUUCCCGGCGAGACGCCCACCACGCUCCCCAAACUCCUCGACCGCCUCGCGGCUGUGUACAUUGAGCCACUCUCGUUCAAGCAGCCCAUCUUCAUCACGCAUCAUCCGUCCUGCAUGUCACCGCUGUCCAAGAGCUUCCUCUGCGAGAAAACCUUUCAGCUCGUCUCGGCCCGUGCCGAACUCUUUGUCGGCGGUCGCGAGCUGGCCAACAUGUACGAAGAGGAGAACGACCCCGAGGCGCAGAGGACGAAGCUUGCGAACCAUCAGAAGAUGGUCAAUUUGCCGGAUGGCGAGAUUGGCUUCCAGGAACCCGACGAGGCCGUGGCUGAUCCCGACAACGGCUCGCAGAUUGAGACGGAUGUCGAUGGCGAGACAUCACCACUCGACUCCAACUUUCUCAAAGCCCUCGACUAUGCUCUCCCACCGACGGGUGGCUGGGGCUGCGGCGUUGAGAGGCUGGUGAUGCUGUUCUCGGGCGCCCAGAGAAUCAGCGACUGUUUGAGUUUCGGCAGUUUGAAGAAUGUUGUCAGCUUGUCCGCGGAAGAGAGGAAGAUCAGCGGCAGUGACACGGCGAAGCAAGAUGGCGAUGCUCACGACGGCGACAAGAAGAAGUGAUACCCCCUCUGUGUACCAUGUAUAAUAUGUAUCAUCACCAGUGUGUCUUGAACCAAAUAUAGACGGAUAGCUGGGCUGUCAUGACGAAUAUAUAGCUAAUAAUCAACCAAUG